AGUCCAGCUUGCAAGUCGCCGAUCGCCGGUAUCUCCAUCAUUUCUACUGACAACUCUACCAAUUUCUCUAUCUCUGCAACAGCAAUAAUUGCUCAUUUCGAUCUUCUUCUUCGUUCUAUCAUGAUUUGAUUUGUUCUUCUAGGUUUAAUUGAUUUCUGAUUCAGAUUUAGUGAGAGAAAACCAGAAAUGGUGAGAGCUCCGUGCUGUGAGAAGACUGGAUUGAAGAGAGGACCAUGGGCGCAGGAAGAAGACGACCUUCUUAUCGAUUACAUCAACAAAAACGGCCAUGGAAGCUGGCGAUCUCUACCAAAACUCGCUGGUCUACUUCGUUGUGGGAAGAGUUGUCGUCUCCGGUGGACAAAUUACCUCCGGCCAGACAUCAAACGAGGUCCCUUCACCACUGAAGAAGAAAAACUUGUCAUCCAGUUGCACGCCAUCCUCGGUAACAGGUGGGCUGCUAUUGCUGCUCAGCUACCGGGGAGAACAGAUAACGAGAUCAAGAACUUAUGGAACACUCACUUAAGGAAACGUCUCGUGUCCAUGGGCAUUGACCCACAGACCCACGAGCCGUCUUGUUCGGACAGCCGGUUGAAACGACCCCCUGCCUCACCUUCCACCCGCCACAUGGCGCAAUGGGAGAGCGCCAGGAUGGAAGCCGAGGCACGGCUCUCGAUGGAGUCUUCGGCUUCGGUGUCGGUUCUACUUUCGUCACCUAACAAGAGUACCACCAGCACCGACUAUUUCCUACGUAUUUGGCAUUCAGAAGUCGGUGAAUCUUUCCAAAACCUCAACAAGGGGAAGAUGGGUUGUUUCAGCCCAGCUUCCCAAACCUCCGAGUCUAACACAACCAUAGAGACAGAACCUAAACCGUACCGUGAACCAGAACCACGGCUAGAUGGUGUAACUUUCUGCCAGGGAUUUACGCGUGCGUCGAGCCCGUGUGAAAUGGAAGAUUCAUCUGAUACUUCACUACAAUUGUUCUUUGAUUUUGCCGGGCUUAAUGAUAUGAGCUUCUUAGAAGCUCAGUUCAACUAAAAUCCUUUCGGGAUCUAUUUUGGUAGUGACGCUUGUUGUGGUAUAUAUGAAGACCCGUGUUUGUUUUUUUAAAGUCUUCAAUGUAUUUUAAUCAGUCGUAAACGUAAUGACAUUUUGAAGAAAACUUCACAUGUAUAUAGAAAGAGUGUGGUUGGGUUCUUGUGAGAA